CCCGCGGCCGCCGCCGCCAUUUCGGGCGCUGCUGUGAGACUGUGACCCGAGCCGGUCCGCUGGGCGGCGGGCGCCGGGGCUGGAGGGGCGCGCGCGGCGGCGGCCCAGCGUGUAGGCGCCGAGGCGGCCAUGGCGGGCAACUUCGACUCGGAGGAGCGGAGUAGCUGGUACUGGGGGCGGUUGAGCCGGCAGGAGGCGGUGGCGCUGUUGCAGGGCCAGCGGCACGGGGUGUUCCUGGUGCGGGACUCGAGCACCAGCCCCGGGGACUAUGUGCUCAGCGUCUCCGAGAACUCGCGGGUCUCCCACUACAUCAUCAACAGCAGCGGCCCGCGCCCACCGGUGCCACCGUCGCCCGCCCAGCCUCCGCCGGGGGUGAGCCCCUCCAGACUCCGAAUAGGAGAUCAAGAGUUUGAUUCAUUACCUGCUUUACUGGAAUUCUACAAAAUACACUAUUUGGACACUACAACGUUGAUAGAACCAGUUUCCAGAUCCAGGCAGGGUAGUGGAGUGAUUCUCAGGCAAGAGGAGGCAGAGUAUGUGCGAGCCCUCUUUGACUUUAAUGGGAAUGAUGAAGAAGAUCUUCCCUUUAAGAAAGGAGACAUCCUGAGAAUCCGGGAUAAGCCUGAAGAGCAAUGGUGGAAUGCGGAGGACAGCGAAGGCAAGAGGGGGAUGAUUCCAGUCCCUUACGUGGAGAAGUAUAGACCUGCCUCUGCCACAGUAUCGGCUCUGAUUGGAGGUAACCAGGAGGGUUCCCACCCACAGCCACUGGGUGGGCCGGAGCCUGGGCCCUAUGCCCAACCCAGCGUCAACACUCCGCUCCCUAACCUCCAGAAUGGGCCCAUUUAUGCCAGGGUAAUCCAGAAGCGAGUCCCUAAUGCCUACGACAAGACAGCCUUGGCUUUGGAGGUCGGUGAGCUGGUAAAGGUUACGAAGAUUAAUGUGAGUGGUCAGUGGGAAGGGGAGUGUAAUGGCAAACGAGGUCACUUCCCAUUCACACAUGUCCGUCUGCUGGAUCAACAGAAUCCUGAUGAGGACUUCAGCUGAGUAUAGCUCAACAGUUUUGAUGACAGAUGGGAACAAUCUCCCCCCCCCCUCCCGAAUGCCAUCUAUACAGAAGUUUUCUUACAGAAGUCAAAGCAGUCUAGUUUAUAUAAGCAUACUGUUACCUGUGAUCUUUUUCAGACUCAACUAUUCCAUCCCUAGUCUCAUUUAAAGUAUUCAGGGUACGAAACUGGAGGGCUUGUGUGUUAACUCAAUUGUCAAGUGUAGGUAAUAGCAGCCAUGCCUUGAUGUCAGAAGGGACAGGUAAGGUCUCCUCCUUCCUCUGGGGCAAUGUGAAGCAACCUGUGAAGAACUGAUGGACAGGACAUCAUACUGCUUGCCCUGAUUUACUUAUUGGCUUUGUUUCAUUCUGAAAUCAUACUACCAAAUGGCAAGUAGACUGUUUGCUUCCAACCCCGUGAAAUAAUCAUGCACCAUGUGAAUAGUACCCAGUGGGACUGCUUUUUCAUUUAUAGAACAGUUCAAAUCCUGAGAAUUCUGAAAACACUAAGGCAUUUGUCUUCCUUCCUAGUCAGUGCUUCAUACUUUAUUUCUUAGAAGUCUUUCAACCCUAUUAUUUUCCCAUAAUCUACAAAUAGGUGUAAUUCUUAAAAUAAAUGUUUUUGUUCAGCUGAUGAGCAGGAUAUGCAAAGCACUUUAUUCAGUGCAUAGCUUUAAGCCAGUAUUGGAUUCACUGAGUAGACAGCCAAACAAACUCCCAGCUCUCUGCCUUCCCCCAAGGAGUCAUAGUAGGUUCACACUGCUACAACAGCUACAGAGACUCCUGGCUCAUGGAAUCCAGCAGGGCCUUUUGUCCUGAAUGCCAGUAUCCUAUUAGGGCACUCUCUUUGGAGUGGAAGGACCAAUCGCUUAGAAUAUUCCAUAAAAGGUUGUAGGGCCAAAGUCUGUCCUUUGCUUUAUGUACAGCAUAAGAGUCAAGUUAAAAUUACAUCAGUUUGGAGUUAGUGCUUUGAAAAAUGUUUGAACCAAUCAUGAAUUACGUAUUAUUCAUUAUACAUGACCAGAAUAGUGUUUAAAGUACAUUACAUUAUAAACUGCCUUCAUUUUUGGCUCUUUAUGUUCAGGUUUAGUUUACAAACCCUUUUAAGCGUGGAAUGGUUUUAAUAGGGUCAGGUCCUCCAAAGAAUAGUCUUCUGAGACCAAAAAUGAUCUAGGCUAUUUAGACUUCACAUGAAAUGUUCAGUUAGUUCCCAGUCUAGAAAGGCACUACUGGUCCAUGGUGUGGUAUGACCAAUAGAAACACAUUUUAUUUUGCUUUAGGCCUCAUUUUAGAAAAGUAAUGUAUCUUCCUAAUUUUUUUGCAUAGGUUAAUGAUUUGCAAUAUCCCAGAUCAUGGUAUCCCAGUGAUUAGCAGAAUGCCUGGCAUAAUUGUAUGCGGGUGUUUCUGUCAGUGAGUGGUGACAUGGCAGAAGCUCAUAUGGCACAGGGAGGCCAGCUGGCACAGGAUAUUAUCACAAGCAAACUAAUGAGUUGAUGCUAAUUUAAUGUAUUUUUACCUCACACUAAAGUAAUGCUUGAUAAAGAUAUUAAUACUCUACUUUUAAAAUGUUAGCACAGUGCUGUGGGUGCUUAGACAUGUUGAAUGAACAAAUUUGUAAUACUAGACCUAAUUCCAUCUGACUACUCUUAAAUUUUCAGUUAGAGCAUAAAUACUGUAAAAUCCAAAUGUGUGCUAUUAUUGUUUUCCUGAAAAUAUGACAUCUAAAAUAUGUGUAGAGAAACUUUGUCACAACUGAUUUGACUGUAUUUUCUUUUGCCUUUGACUUUUGGCUUGUAAUGUCUCUUUUAAUCAUAAUGUAAUAUCAAUGGGACAUGCGGCUCUAUGUAAAUCAUAAGAAUUUCUCAGUGAUCUAUUGUCUGAAGCCAUUACAAGACUGUUGGAUUGGAGUUUGCUGAUGUGACAGUUGUUGGACCUUAAGAAAGGACUUACCAGUAUCUUCCAAAAGCAAAUUCUAGAAUCCUAUUCAAGUGUGUAUGUGCAUAUGUCACAGAGCAAAGUAAACUGAAAUUGGCUGCUAUAUUUUAUAUAAUCAUUUCUGCAAAAGCCCAUUUUUUGGAUACUAAUAUUUGACAUGGUUAAUUAUUAAUUUGUUGGAAUUGUUUAUUGUUAAUAAUGCAAAUACAUAAUUUUUAAUUAUCCUUAAUAACAUUUCACUUAAUGGUUUGAAAUGGGUGAUAAGCAAACCAAUUUGAAAUAAAGUAUGAACAUGUGCCAUUGUAUUAUAACACUAUUCUGUUUCUUGACAGUUAAAUUUUAAAAAAUGGGUUUUUUUGUAGCAUGUAUUGUAUAUGUUUAUAGUAUAUGUAGUAAAUAAAAAUAUGGCCAAAUGUUUGGCUUGGUGAUCUUUUGAAGAAAGUAAUCUUUGAAUAUUUUUCACAUGAGAUAGAUCUUUUAUGUGUAGGUAGUAAGAGGUGUGUGAUGUCAAUAGCCUACAAUCAUAAUCAGAUAAAGAAAAAAUUAUACACCCUCUGAGUAUUCAUUAAAAAUAGAAUUAAUUGGUAAUAUUUUGAAGAGUCUUGGGAAUUCAUGAAUUAUUUGAGGGAACACAAGAAUGAUAUAGUUGGAAGGCUUGAAUGAUAUAGACAGACAGCUUCAAACUUGUCCAGAAAUGGUUAUGUGCAAUAGGGGUCUUUGUAAAGCAAAUGAGAAGUUUGGAUGUAAUACAGUAUGUUUUUGGAAUGUUAGUAUGGAUAAGCCCUUUUUAGGUAAUUAGCAUGUUUCAAGGUAGAUAAUUUAAGAAAUACAAAAAGAAGAAAAGCUAAUAAGCAUGUUCUUCCCACCUCGGAGCACAUGUAUAUGUAGACACAUACAAACAGUGUGUGGAUAUAUAUACCUAAAAGAUUGAUAUUAUACUCUAUUAUAGUUUUGUGUUCUAUGGGUGAUGAAGUUUUAAAAUAAAAAAGUCUUCAGCAACUAUACAGCGUUUUGCCUUACACCCAAAAUAUAUCUAGUUACUGCUAUAGACAUAGCAGUGUGUCCAUCCAGAGUAAUAAAGGAAAUUAUUCCGAAGGAUGCCAACUUUGGCAUGCAAAAACUUAACAGCAAGAUGAUUUACAUAUGUUUCUACUUUAUAUCAAUAAAAAAAUAAACUGCCAAAACCUUGUUUAAUAUGUUUAGUGUUGGGUUCCUUUAUAUAGUGUGCUCAUACCAACUCUUAAUUUUGUGACC